CAGGAACCAAGCUCCUCAUGGCCAAGGACGAUUACCUUGGUGAGACUAGCAUUGCCACAUAGCUAUUGGAGCCAACGAGUUUAUCUUAUUAAAUGACACUAAUUAUGGAUCUUGUUUUUAUUCAGACUGUUCGCAAGGGAAAUUGCCGUCGAUGAGCGCGGAACCACCUAAAUCACAUAUAUUAGAUAGCCACCACCACCACCACCACCGACAACACCAUCAACGACAGCGCCCACGAUCCCAACCCCGAGAAGCUUCGACACCCACCAAGAAGAAAAAGAAGAAGCUAACGCAUGCUACCGGCCAAGGGAAGAGCGAAGAUAAGCGCGAAGUAAAAAACGGCUGGUUUGCGAUUCGGGAUAUUAUUGACGAGAAGUUCGAGCGAGGGAAGACGUAUUACCUGGUCGAUUGGGAGGGUACCGAUGAGACUGGCAACCCACAUGUGCCAUCGUGGGAACCUAAACAAAACGUAACAUCCCUUGCGAUAAAUGAUUGGAUGGUUAGGAAAGCCAGAUCCAAGUACACCCAGGAUAAACUUGAUGUAGUUGUUGGCGACGUUAGUCCCUCUAUGCAAGAGUUUAAUACUCGGGAGAGCGGUUCCGUCUCAACAUCUAAUCGGCAACACCAAGGUCGUGCUAAGAAGCGCCUUUUAGAACACUCAUCUUUGUAUGAGUCAGGGCUUAGCGAGGAACCUGCAUCAAAACUACCCAAGCUAAAGCUUAAAAUAACAGAGAAACCAUCGGCACUCUCCAGGAGUGCGGGUCAUGACCUUGGACAUACUAAGGAGCUGUCAGAGCCGCAGGGUGAGCUGAAUCACGACAACUUACAUACCCACCCCUCGGACGAUAUUCAAGGCGAUCCAAAGCCCUACAAAUCUCGCAUAGUAAUACGGUUGCCGCGCGACCCAACAUUUCCCGCGGAUCAAUACGUGUGCGUGCCACCCGAUUCACAACAAACGGAUAGCCAGCAGUCUUCUCAGCUUGCUGGUGCCCAUGCUGCACUAGCUCACGAAUCUGAGGUUGAGAGUCAAGAGCAGAGGACCGUGCCUGAUUCUCAGGAGAUACACAGCGCUUUAAUUUCUGAUGUGCACAGCAGUAUCCCAGACCACUUAAGUUCAUUUGGAGCAAGUCAGCUUCAGCUUCAGGGACGUGCCGUUGUCGCAUCUCAGCGCGAAGAAAGGCUUCAGCGUCCAGAAUCGUUUGGGAACUCAACAGAAAUUCCUUCGCGUCAGCCGGAUCGCCCUUUUGUUGGAAACCAGGGAAACUUAUCAACUUCGACUUUUCUGAUUGGGACUGUUGUAGGUUCGACUGCGCCCGACAAUUCGCAAAGCACCAUUGGUAAAGAAAAUCCUAGUUUCUUGACACAAGAAGGCCUCAACGUUGAUGUUGUUCCACCAACGUCCCAGCCUACCAGUUUUGCAUCUACUCUACCUCACGAAUUAGCUUGGGACGAGUACAUCUCUGCGACGAGUAUCAGCCAAGAUCAGAGCCAGGCACCUGUAACAAGUAAUAACUCACAGGCCGCUCAAGUCGUGCUGCCCCUCAGUAGCCAACAGGGAGGGCUCGCGACGUAUAGCGAGGCGACCUUUGCUGUUUAUGACGAUUCAGUUGUACCUGACACUGUACUAAGAAACGCGCAGGACAAACGCAAUCCUCAACAUUCAAGCCAAGCUUUAAGUGAAUUGGAUGGUAAUACUAGAAAUACAUCGUUCGCAGAAGACCAGCAACCUGAAUUAGAACCUGAGCUGAGUGACGCAGAGCUUUUGCAAAUUAUUCCCGCGAAACCGGUAGAUUUCGGAGCAAAUAAAAUGCCUUUAGGACCACCUACGUUCGGAUCUCAGCAACCGGCCGCGCCUACGAAUAUGGAUACCGACCAGCCCGCCCGGCUUACGGCACGCGAGAGACUGAGAUUAAUUCGGGAGCGCCACUUUGAAACCCUGAACGACAAUUUCCCGCGACGAAAGGCUCAAGUCGAGGCUCGUGCUAGAGCGGCUAGCACUGAUGAGGGUUCCUCAACAGGCCCGCAACCGGACAUUCAAGAGGCACCAAUUGUUCGAGCUCCUUCUUCCCGAGAUAUUAGUCCCUUGACUCCAGUAAACCUGACAUCUCAAUCUUUCCCGAUCCCGCCUCUAGAGACAGCUGCCAACGACACAUCUUCUGAUCAUCAAUUACCAGUACCUGAGACUACCCAAACACCCGUUGAGCAAGAGAAGGAAGCCGAGCUGGGAUUAGAGGAGAGCGGCCCUGCUGAGGUAGGGUAUGAUACCCAUGAAGAAGAGCAGCCUGCAACCUUGGACCCAUCAGCCUUGACGUUAUCUAUCGAACAUGAUAUGGAUGCCAGCCCAUCAAUGCCAGUACACGAUGCUCUCCACAACAGUCUACAGAUACCAGAUGAAUUUAUUAUACCGCAUGAGGAAGAUGAGACACCUCUUGGCUAUCCGAGAAGCCUUCUCCCAUAUAUACCCACGGGACCUAACGAGUAUCUCGUUACGCUUCCGUUCUACAACAGCUGCCGGCCUGUAUAUAACGACGUCCUUCGUGACAAUGAGGAGCUUAUUCGCGAGUAUAACGCUGCAUUUCGUGUUGCCCCUCAUCAAAUACCACACCCUGCAACAGUAUCGAAAAUUGACGAGAUGUUCUCUCGUCUUUUCGAUAUUUGCGACCUGCCACCGUUUAUAGAAACUACAACGAUUAUGACACCUACAGAGGUAACGAAGCACCUCGUUAAUACUAAUGCGAAAUUCGCAUUUGUUGCCGAGUUGCUUGUUUACUUGGCCGAAGAGAAUUCGGAUAAGAAAGUUCUCAUAUUGUCCCGUCCCGGAAAGGUUAUGGAUUUCCUUGGUAACAUUAUAGAAGCAAGAGGUUACCGUUAUAUUCGAUCCGGCCUGGAGAUCGUCGGCCCUUCUAGUGCUGAGCACAGUCUGACCGUUGCUAUUUCAUCAACCCUUGAUAACUCCACAUCAAUACCCGAAGAUAUCGACGUAGUCAUAGCAUACGACCAUACAUAUCGGCCUGAGUUGCUCCCACAAACGGUCCGAGAACGUUCCAUAUUAAUGGUUCUAACGAAUAUAUGCUCCAUUCAACACCUUAAUAUGCGUAUCUCAGAAAACCUAGAAUCACUGGAACGAAAGAACGUGCUCGUGCUCGCACUAGUCAAAGCAAUGCGGUAUAUAGAAGACGUUGACGACUCUCUAAUUGUCAAAUUUCACAUGGCAGCUGAGACUUUCUGCAAGUACAUACAAGAUACAGAUGACGACGAUUUCUAUUGGGAGCCUUAUGAGGUGCCAGAGGAUGUGUUCGAGGAUUUGCACGCUGCUAACUCUCAAUCGCAAGUAUCGCAGUCCGGUUUAGGGGCCUUUGGAACUGAGCAGCUUCCGGGUAGUCGGAAGAGGUCUCACGAGGGCGAAGAUGAUGAUAUUUCCUCUAAGCGCCCUAGAGUAUCACAACCUACAGUUGUCACUCAUGUGAGUCACAUCAGCGACUCGCUGAAAGGUCUUAUCGGAGAUGACACGGUGGACGAGUCGCCGAAGGCAAUGCUCUCAGUUUCAGUGGGCAAGCUAGAGAAGCUAUCAGCUAAGGUCACAAGCCUCAAGGCCAAGUUGCGCGAGAGCCAAAUGCGAGAAAAGCAAUUCCGCCAACUGAGCGAUCGAUCCAAGGAAGAGGUCGAUAACUAUGCUUCUACCGUUAGGUUGGUACAAGAGAAGUAUAUGACUUCCCUGAAGGACCGUGGAACCUACGAAGACCAGUACUACAAGGCCAAGGAGGAAGCCCUAGUGGCCAGUGCAAAUCUUGAAUCCAAACGGAGGGAAUAUGACGGUCUAAAGGAAAAAUUUGCAGAGCAGCAAACACGAUUAUCUGCAGCGCAUGAAUCGCUUCUUGAGUCUGCAAAUCCCGAGGUUGCCAAGAUGGUACGGCUAGAGAAAGAGCUCGAAGAGUCUAAAAUCAAGGUGCAGAGCCUAGAAAAGAAGGCUGCAUUAGCCAACAACGAGUUGGAAUAUGCCAAGAGUGCCUACCAGGAUGCAUCUCAGAGAGCUGCGGAGCUCCAGGCCGAGAACCGCGCGCUCGAACAACGAGUUGAAGAACUCAAUCGCAAGGCCGACGACAACAGAGUUAAAAUAAACCAGAUUCAUGUGGAGAGCGAGAGCAAGGAACUUCUACGAUUACUUAAUGAGCAAAAGAGCAUCGUUCGCGACCGAGAUCUAGAGCUCACCCGACUCCGGGACGAGCUGCGAAUGCUGAAGGAAAGCCGACGGGGUACGAGACAGAGUAGUGUUCCUCGAAGCCCGCGGUUAAGCGCCUUUGGCGUUAACAGUCCUCGCAACGGUGGUCGCACUAAGGGUAGCUCUAGUAGUCGUGGUACUAGUCCUGCUCCGGCGACGGGAAUCUUCGAGGCGGGAGGCGGAAUUGGCACUCCAGUUCCAAAUAGUCGAGCUUCCCAUCUGCGAGAGUCCAGGUUCUGAGGUUCCGACGAGGGUCAAAGAGCUUCUAAAAAUGGUGCAUUGCGAUCUCAUCGCGACCCCCCCCACCAGCGGCAAUGGAAUGACGGAAAGGAAUGGAAAACGUCCUCCGUCCUCACUCCUUUCUCUCUCACUUUUUUGAUCUUACACCCGGUAGGCAGGAGGGCAGCAAUGCGUUUAUAUUUGUUUGUACUAAAGAUUGCGUCGGGGCGGAGGGUCUUCAGGCUCCUCCUUUUCAGUUCGUUUUUGUCUUAGCGGAGCGUACAUGGUCGAUUGAUUUAGCUAGAUAGAAGGACCUCCAAACCUAGGGAUACUAGGAUCGCUGUUAUUGCUGUUACUUGCCUUGCUAUUGUUACUACUACUGAUUUGUAUUACGACGAACGAUAGGGGGGCAGGCGGGAGGUAGAUGGUGUAUACUUGCAGAGAGCACCUUACAGUGAAUACACGGUAUGUGCUGCGUUGACAAACACUCGUCAUUUUUGUUCUUCGCCGACAAUAUGAGAAGGGGCAUUUUACUACAAUUUUUAGAUGAAUCCAUAAGAAUGCUUGCUCUGUGCC